UAGGCAGGGAAAUAAAAAUAUUUUUCUAGUUCUGUUUUUUAAAAAUAUUUUAAAAGUUCAACUAAGUCAGGUUACUUUUUCAGAUUCUCCCCUCAAUACUUUGAAUAAAUCUUUAAAAAUAUCCUCAUUUUUGAAAUCUGUCAACCUUCCUAUAUAAGACUGUCAGUUGUCUAUUCUUGUAAUGUCUUGACGCGUGUUUGCAGUUUGCAGUGCUGGUUUAUUUUUGGUGGUGUGAGAGAAAAUGGCAGAAAAUGGUCGAAAAAUUAUGGAAGAAUCCAAGUCUACAGUCGAUAAAGAAACAAGAUUCCGCACCUUAAAAGAGCGACAAAAUGAAGAAAGGCAAAGAAAAUUGGAAGAAAUCAAGGCACAAGCACUUGCUGCACAAAUAUUCAAAGAACAAAAAGAAAAUGAAAGGCGUAGACGGUUUGACGAAUUAAGAAGUAGAGAUGACGCGAAACGCCAACAAGUUGAAGAACGUAAACGGGCUAUAAACGAAGCUGAAAAGGAUAGAUUGGAAUUUAUAUUAAGGAAGAAUCAACAACGAGAACAGCGGCUGGAAACAAAAAAGAAAAAUGAGAGAAGUAGCGCUGUUUUCGCUUUUGGUUCUUCUACACCCCGAAUGUUAGAUCCAAAUGACGUGUCCGCUUCUUUUUGGGGUACUAGGAGAGCUACUUCAAUUCAAAAUAUUGUUACUUCUACAAAUUCUUCUACCCUAACUCGACGACAAUCUGAACGGGACUUGGAUGCUGGAAACAAGAAACGUGCUACUUCUGCCACCGGACUGGAGAGAACUGGUGAAAGUAGUGCACCAGUAAUACCAGCCGGCUGUGCAAGCGGUUACUCAGGACGUAGGCGCACUGACCUAGUCCCUACCAUUCCAUCGAAAGAAUCAAUCAGUUCAUCCCGCAAAUCCUUAAACCACUCACCAGGUAGGGCUUACUCAAUGACCCGCUUAGAUCAGCUUGCCAAACCACGCAGACGACACGAUCUACCAUCAUUGGCAGAAACCAACUCCUUUCGUCCUUUAUCCUCUUCCAGUCACUCUUCUGUUACCCGUAGCAUGAGCCACUUGGCCGUAAGUAAAACGGCACCGUCACCAACUAGAAGAGAGUUGAACAAGGCGGACAGUCGCAGCAUGCAGCAGCUGACUGAGAAACCUCACGGCCUGCCUCGUACAACUCGUGCCACUCUAUUAAGGGAGCAGAAAUUGCUCGCAUCCUCCAAUUGCAGUGAGGCAUCAUCACGACCAAGUAGUUCCCUCAGUCAGCAGAGCACAAACAGCUUGGCUAGUUCGGUAAAUGUUAGACAACGUCUAACAACAGGACCGAGGAAACCAAGACCAAUUAGUAUUGCCGUGACUGGCAUAUCAACAGACGCCAAAAACGAUAACAAACCUCCUAUUCCGAAAACGAGGAAAACGAUAACAAAAACAACUACUACUGCGAUAAACAGCGAUAAAAUUAAUAGAAAUAAAGCUAAAACUCCUGUAGAUAGUGUUACUAAAACUUUGAAAAACACUACUACUGCUACUGUAACGGGUAAAGACAAGCUUCAAGAAGAAACUACCAGUAAUCAAAAGUCUGAAGAACACCGUGUCCCUCCAAAUAAAAUUAAACCAGAUAUUGUAAACGGGGAAGUAGAAUUUAAUGUGCCUCAGAAUAAGCGUGAUAUAGAAGUAGCAUCAGAGUAUAAAUUAGAAAGUAAUAAUGGAAGUAUUAAUGUAGGACUUGGAGAUGGUACAAUAAAAACAUUGGAGAUAGAAAAGGUGGAACUAAAUAAAAAAGAAACUAAUGAUAAAACAGUAACAAAUACAAGAGAAAUAACAGAAUCAGAUAAAGAAGAAUCUACAGUAUCGGAAGCUAAAACUGAUCAGUUGUUAAUUGAUGUGCAAAUUAGUAAAAAAGAAGAUGUAGUCGAAUCUAUUAAAUCCAAUAGUGAAUCGAAAAUACCUGAAUCCGAAAAACCAGAAAUCCAAAAGACUCCAAUUAAAAAAGAACAAACCAAUUCAGUUGAGGAUCAAAAAUCACUUGAAGACGAGAAAAAUAGAUUAAAUAUUAGUACAUCACAAACUCUUUCUGAAAAUAGUCUGAUUGAUCAAAUAAAUAUGGAGAGUCAAGAAAACGAAAUGACAACAUCAAUGACAAAGGUUCGUAUUAAUACUGAAAAGGAAGCAAAAGCUGCACUCGCAGAAAGAAGAAGACUAAUUCGAGAAGAAGCUGAAAGACAAGCUGAAUUAGAAAGAUUACGAUUAGAAGCUGAAGCUAAAGCUGAAUUAGAACGCCAACAACGAGAAGAAGAACAAAUAAGACAAUUAAUUGAAUUACAAAGGCAAGCAGAACAGGAAAGACUACAGGAAGCAAUCAGAGAAGCUCAAAAACGCGAGGAGGAAGAGAGAUUAAAAAGAGAAGAGGAACAAAAAUUGAAACUAUUAAAAGAAGAGGCAGAAAGGAAGGCAAAAGAGGAUGCUGAAAAACAAAAAGCUGAGUUACAAGAAAGGCUAAAAAAUGAAGAGAAAGAAAGGGAAGCUCGUCGAAAGAGGGUUGAGGCCAUUAUGUUAAGGACAAGAGGAAAAAAUGCUAAUAAUACACAGAGCACAGAUGAAAAAAAUGAAAAUAAGCCCGCAGAAGAGAUGAAAAGUAACGAAGAAAAUAAAAUAAAUGGAACGAAAAUAGACGAGCAAGAAAAUGGCACAACAAAAGUAGUCAAAGACAUUGUUGAUAAUUUGAUACCCAAUGAAAUAGUGAAAAACGCCAAUUCAGUCACAAUAGAAUCCAUGAAUACGAACGAUUCAAUAAAUUCAAAUAACACGUGGCGAGAUAACCAACAGUAUGGUAAUUUUAUGUGUAAUAACAAUAGUUAAAGAAAACAAAUAUCUGUAUUUUUCAGAUUCAUUGAUGUGAGAGACUAAAUUUAGAUAUACAUACUAUAAAUAAAUAUAUAAUGUAUGUGUGUAUAUAAUGUAUACAUGCACACAUGUAGUAUAAAUUCAUUGUGUUGAUUUAUUAAUUUAAAUGCCCAUAACUUUUAUUUUUCAUUGUUAAUGUUUGUGUACACUUUUUCAGUUUCUAUUUCAAAUCAAUAUUUUACCUACAUAUAAUUUAUUACCUAAAAAUCACAUCUUCGAUUAAUAAAUCCCUUUCAAUCAAUAUUUGACAGUUUAAAAUUGAUUCCUUUUGUAAUUAAUAUUUUUGUCAACAAUGUCACUACCCCUUUCUAGGUCUAAUUCAGUUUUUCAAACGUUAUUGCUUAGAAAAUAUCUACACAAUAAUACAGCUUUAUUCUAUAAAUCGUUCUGGUAUCGAAUUGAUGAUGAAAAGAAAAUACAAUGGAAAGGGAAAGUGUAAUUGAGGGCGCUCACUUCUGGCAUACUUUAAAAAUUAUAUGUAUUACCUACGUUCAUAAUUGAUUUUUUAUAUUAGUUGUAUAUGAAUUGAACUAGGUCUUAUGAAUUUUUUUAAAAAGAAUUUAUUGAAUUAUAUGUUUGAUUUAAAUUUUAAAUCUGAUGGUUAAAAAUAUAUGCGUGAACCGACAUUAUCUGAAUUAUUGGACUGAUAUACUGUAAUAAAUGAAGUUGAAUGUUGUUUAAUUUGUAGUAUAAUAUUCAGACUCUUGACGGUUAACGCAUAUUUUACACUAUUUUUGUAUUUACUUCAAUAUUAUAUCGUUAUUGUCGUUCAAAUUAGGUGAAUGUAUUUUAAUUUAUUUGCCGAAGUGGAUAUAGUUUAUUGGUAAAUAAAUUGGGUUUACAGUGGACACAUUAUGAUGGUUUUUUGAUAAAAAAAAUUCAUAUAUGGAAAAUAUAAUCAAUAAUUACUUCUUGAAGAAUAUACAUAAAAUAUUACAAUCCAUAAAUAUUAUGGUUUAUCAUUUAGGCAUCCAUCUGAAAAGUUGACUGAUACUGCAAAUAAUCUAAUGAAAGGAACUUAUAUACUUAACGAUCUGAGACUGUUGAUGAUUUAAUACUAAACACACUGUUUACGACAACUACACCAACUCUCACAAUGUAUGGACCUUCCAUAUUUUCAUAUCCUGCUCGAAUGGCUAGACAGUAUUAUUGUUGGAAAAUAAGUCGAAACACUAUCAGUCAAAAUAUAGUAUAGAGUACAAGCAUUAGGGAAUAUUGGUGCAUAAUUCAAUUCUUUCUUUUUGUUUAUAAAUUACUAAUAAAUAUGAUCAUAUGACUGAUGAACCUCCAUAACCAAUUUAUAGCUGCCGUGACUGAAUAUUCUCAAUAAGAAAACUGUAAAAAUUUUAAUUACUUUCAAUUUUUGAAAUGACACGUGAUUCAUUUAAGUCUAUUGAUACAAAUUAAAUUUAAUAUUGUUUAAAAAUAGUGUUGCAUUUUUAACCAUUGAGUGUUGAUUUAUGUUUGUGUAUACAAGUAGAGUUAGGUGCAUAUAUUUAUGGCAACUUUAUCAGUUACUUUUUAAGUUUUUGCUUAUAUACUCCUUAUUCAAUAACAUCAUCUAAUAGUCCUAUAUUUUAGACUAGAAUGUAGUGAUUUGAUAUUUGGCAAUAGGUAUGUAUGGCGUUAGGGAUUUAAUUCAUUCUUUAUCAAUUUAGUUCUAUAUUUUGUUGGGAAUCUAGUAAUACAAAGAGGCAUUUCAUUCUAAAAAUAAACUUAUCAAUUUAAUCCACAUUAAAACAAAUGUUCCAACGUUUUAAAAUGUGUAGUGAAGAGUUGCUUUACUCAUCUACUUCAAUAUAAUUUUCUGUUAUGCAAAAUUAGAUUAUGUGAUCAUAGUGGUGAAGUGACACUUUGCGUUUCAUAUUUUGUCGCAUUCUCAGAUCGCACUGAUUCAAAUUAUAGAAAUAGAAGCUUUGUUAGAAUUGGACUGUUAGAUGCUGUCAAUUGAACUAUGCAAAACAAACUGGGUCAAAAGCAGAACCUUCUUAAUUUCAGUAUUAGAUUUGCUUUUGAUUGUGUUUGUCCUUCUCCAUUAAUAUAACUUCACAAAACUCGAUCUGUACUAGUCAUCUUGAAUGUAAGUAAAAUUUGUUGUGUUAUAUUUCUUUAUUGUCAUCAGAUAUUGUCUGCGUAGCAAAAUAAUAAAAUAUGAGAUUAUACAUACUUUUUAAAAACAUUUAUAUAUUUUGUUUUGAUAUAAUUAUAUUUUAUUAUGUUUGCUGCGUUACUUACGGUAUUUGAUUAUUUAGAGUUAUUUUCAUGGAAACGACCUUUCUCAGUAUAUUUUUACAUAAGGUAUACUAGAUAGAGUACGUCAAUAUCUUAAUAAUUCUCAUUCAAACAGCAGUGGUUUUCCAGAGUUAAAGUAUUUUACAUUGAAACUUUAUUAUCAUGCCUCGAGAACUCGAGAAAGAAGGUAAUCUAUUUAAUUUGGGGUAUACAGAGUGAGAGUUGAUAUGAAACCUGUUUUACCUACAAAUGAAGGUUUUUGUAAGUAUUUAUCUUAUUUUGCACUGUAUCUCGGUUUUCCAGGUGCAAAUUCAAUGGUAUCCAAUCGUGUUUUAAUGAAAAUAGAGCCGAUAAUUUUGUGCAUUUGAAAAUAUUUUUACUUCAAUAGCUGCGUUAUGAAAACUAACUCCCAUGUAUUUAUUUCAAAUAUUAGCUGCUCAUCGCUUAGUCAAUAUUGAUUUCAAUAUUAAAAACCUGAUAAAUAUUCAUUAUAGUGCAGCUGUAUAAAUAAUCCUUGUUUUUUACGUAUUUCAUGAGUUGCUCUUCUAAACAUUUGUAACACCAUAGCAUUUAUUCCUAAACAAUUUAAUUACCACUAAUUGUUUUUGUCAUUGAGGCAUUAAAUCGUAAUAUUGUAAGGAUUCAUUUUUAUAGUCCCAUUGAUUAGUAGGUUGUGUACUUUAUUCUUAUAUGUUUCUUGAAUUAUUUGUAAAACUAUUAGUAUGGUUAUGGUUACAAAACAUUGCAGUUUAACUUAUUUUGUAUAAUUUAAAUAUUCUUUUUAAAUUAGCAAUAACUUGGAUUUAGCCUUUGUUAAGAUUAAAAAUCCACUUGGCAUAUUCAAAUUUCUAUAAUGCCACUAAAAAAAAGUAUACUGAGUAGUGUCCACCAUAUAUUAUAUUCUGCUGUUAGGACGUGAUCCUAUUUUUUAAUAUUGCAGGUGAGAAUUUUAUUAUCUGCAUUUUAAUCGUUUUGUACUGUUUUUAAUCAUUUAAUUUUGAAUCAAAAGAUAUUUAUUAUAUGGAAAAGGGUAACUUUGUUAUUUAGUGAGGAAAAUAUUUCAAUUUGAAUUUGAUUGUUUUAGUAACAACAUUGAGCCUAGUAGAUUUUCAUUUUCCAAAUAUUACAGAAAAAUAAUAGUUUAAGAUCCAUUAUAAAAAAAUCUGUAAAUUUUCAAUUUUUUUAUCAACAAGCAUUAUAUUUUUUAAUGAAACUGGAACAAAUUGAUCGUCUGUAGCAUUUUAAAAUAUCAUUUAAAACCAAUAAAAGAAAUAAAUCACUUUUUUAUAUGUAUAUUAUAGAUGUCCAAUUGUGUUUUAUGUGUUGUAUACAUUCGUAAACUUUGAUAGUUUAUAAUAUCUGUUUGAUAUUCUUAGAAUGUAAAUUAAAAAAGGGUGGUAGUAGACAUAUUAUAUGAAUGUGAUGCCAAUUUCUAUAUCUCAAUACCAAACUAACGCAAGUCACUCUAAAUCUACUUUUAAGGAAAACAUCAAAUCCGUAGGAAAUAAAAUCUAGGUCGCCCUGCAAAUUUAAUGAUUUAAUCAGUUUGCAAAAUAUUGUCUUAAAGCAUUCAUUGGUAUUUUGUUUAGAAUAUUUUUUUGGAUAUUCUCAUUGGUGGGAUUGCAGACAAAAAAAGAUCCUUUUCCAUCUACUUUUUUUUUGGAAGUAUCCUCAGCUUGAAUGGUGUUCUAAUACAAAUUGGCAUUUACGUAUAUCAACUGUAACCAUACUGUUUUAUUGAAAUAGACAGUUCCUUGAGAAAGUCUUCCAGAAGCAUCAUUCUCACAAAAAAUGGGUUCUUUCUAGAUCAAUAAGUAAUGAAAUUUGGCUACACAUUUGUGGUAAUAAUACUGUAGUUAUUUUGACUCUUUCGAUCACAGUAUGCUUAGUGUCAACUUAUUUUAGAGAGGAAGUUUCCAGCAGCCAUAAAUACAUAAAAAAUAUUCGGAAACUUGUUUUGACACUAUAGUUAUUAAUCCAGGCUGUAAAGUUUUCUCAGAAUAUUGAAGCUCCUCAUAUGUAAGUAGAUAGACAUGAUACACAUUCGUUCCUUCCUAUUUUUAUAGUUCCGAUAUAAUAACCUAAAGGUUUCAUUAACCUAAUUUUUUACCUAACUUUUCUCAAGUCCAUUCCUAAGCGAAACAUUUUUAGUUUAUUAAGUUUUUCAUUCUUAAUUUGACAGUCUACUUCGUCACAAACAUCACAGAUGUAAUUGACUGGCAAUAGGCAAAAACAAUUUAAAUUCUUUAUUAAACGUUUUGGAAUAAACCAAUUUCUUCUUAAUUGUAAAUUUUUGAAAAUGUGACUACUAAUUCUCUCCAAGCUAUCACUUUGUAACUUAUUUACAGAAAUAUGCUUCCCUUUAAAAUGUGCUGUCAACUAGACUUACUAGCUUUUUUUAAAGAAACCUUAAUGGAUAUCAUUGGUUGCAACUACGUAAAAUUUCACUAACCAAUUAGAAAUAUUCUGCCCCUGGAAGCUUUUUUUGGAUGACAUAGUCACUCAACUAUCAAUAAGGUAAUUGGGUUGGAAUUUCUAGAAUCAAUCGCGAUAUUUAUACUUAACACUUUGAUCUGUACCACUGUACCAAUGUUCACAAUUAUUGCCUGAGGAGUGUUUCGUUAACAAAGUUAUUAUCUUCAGAGUCUGACGGUGUGCUAUGUUUCUGAAAACAAAACGUGAAUGUAGUGAUAAUGGUUCAGUAUCAGAAUUGUGCAACAGACAUGUAAAUUUGACUAUUCCUGUUAACAUAAACUCUCAAAUUAUGCAACCAAUAUAAUACGAUAUACAUAAUGCUACAUACGACAAUUUGAGAAAAAUCGUAUUUAGAUUUGAAUUUCUCAAUUUAUGGAUGAUGAAUUCAACAACUACUUCAAUUUGUUUAUGGUGUCAAUUAAUAAUUUUUUUCAAAAAAAACUUGGCAUUGGAACCAAAUAAAAACAUACUCUUCUGCUGGACAAAAGAUAUGGAAGUUAUCUAAUUUCUCAAAAAGGCUACUAUAGAAUUUAGGUGUAGUGUAUAUAUUUAUUUUUGUUUGAUACUAAUUGUUGCAGUUGUAUUUGUAUUAUAUUUAUAUAUUUUCCAAAUUUAUUUAUAUAGAGUUUCAUACGACGUUUUGAUUUACAAAUGCGGUAAUGAAGAACUAUUAAAAGUACGUUUCGCAUUUAAUACACUAUUUUACAAAUGGAAUAUUGCGCCCAAGAUAUCCGAAGAUAUCCUAUUGACAGAUACGGGUAUGAGAUUAGAUGUGGGAAACUGAAUUCAUUGUGAAUAACUUUUUAAUUAGUGAAUAACAAAUUCAUGUUUCUGUUUAUAGUUUUUGAAACAUUAACAGACUAAAACGUCGUGUGAUAUCCUAUAUAGGGCAUACCUAGUCUACAUGAUAUGCAUAUUUGAAUGAUAAAAAUAAUUUUUAGCCAUCCAAUAAACGAAAAUUUGAAUAUUACUGAAAUUUUUACUUAGUGUCUGUUAUUUAUGAAUAAAAAUUUGACACAACAUAAUGUUGACCGAAAAAAAUUAGUUUUUGAUUAGGACGUAUAGAAUUAAGACCGACUUAUUUACAUAUAUAUUCAGAAAUUGUGAAUGUUUAAAAGAACUUACAUUUUCUGUUCACAAUUUCCUAAUCUCGUAAUUUAACAAAUUUAUCAGAUGGAGGCAAUUAUAGAAUUAAUAAAGAAUACCAAUAUAAAUUAUAACUUUGAAUAACAAUAUGUGGUUAAAUCGCUUGUUAAAAGUGCUUAAUAAAUGUAAAAAUUUAUUUAUGAAGAUUGCUUUAUUUCUU